AUGACGCACUCACCAACUCAACUCAACCUAACGUUGAUUGGGAAAGAUUGGGUCCCUGUGCUGCGUAGAUUAAUGACCACACUACUACAAAAUCAGAAACAGAGUGAGGACGAUUUUGCCUUUCUCAAAUGCAUUAUCCUCUGUUUGACAAACCCCUGUGUGUUGAAUUGCUUCCACUUAUCAUAACAGGGCAGGAAAGGAUAAUGAUCUUUGUUGUUUUGGAGUCUGAGUAUGGCCAGGUUGAAUCUGCAGUCCAUUAAAACCUUUCUCUCAGUUUUGCAAUCUCAGGGUUUUUGAGGUUUUGCCGGAUCAUUCAAUCAGUCUUUCUACUGAAAAGGUACAAACGGAUAAAAUAAAAUUGCCAUGGCUUUGUUUCCAAGAUUCUCCGGCGAUUUGUGGAAGCUUUGCAAGGCUCGCACAGGGCGAUGGAUAAGAUUUAUCACUGGCGAGCCACUGGUCAUGUAUGGCAUAUUCUGGACGACAUUUCUGGCUGCAGUUGUAACAGUUGCGUGCAUGGCUUGUCAAUUGGCUUUCACUUCUGCAGUAUUGUCAAGGAAGGGAAUUGGAAAUAUGGUGAAAAGUGAAGUUUUUGUUCGUGUGCCUCUGGACAUGCCGGGAGAUGUCAUAUGUUUACCAGUCGCCCUGUUCAGACCAUCUGUCAUGGAUUUCGUAAUUCCUCCGAUGUUUGCAGCUGUAGUAGUGACAGCUUCUGCCUGCUUUGUAUAUGCCGUUGAGAUCUGGGACAUUUUGUAGACUAUUAUUCUGCCCUCAAUCUGUAUCAGUAAAGUUAUACAGCCGGCACUUUGUUAUUUUGGAUAUUAAACAUCCAAAAUAACAAACUUUCAGGCUUUUCCAUCACCUCCAGCUCUACCUCCUCUCAGGGCUAACUCUAGUAUGGGGGCACCAGAGGAAAGUGGUAGCUUGGAGAUGCCUCUAAUGGCUUCUUUCAAACUGCAACAAGUGAUUAGAAAGGUGGUGGUCAAAGCCUCUUGAAUUGAAAAAUUGUGUUCUUGGAAGGAAGCAAAGGCAUCCUACAAAUAAUAAUAUAUAAAUUAUAUUAUAUAAAA